CGCCCUUUGAGAGUUAUACGUCAAUGGAUAUGUUUCUUUCAGGCUCCUUGCUCAUUGAUGACCUACUCAACGUCUCCAACGUAGACCUCACCACCAUCUUCACCGACUCCCACCGCCGCCACCUGCCAAUCCUUCCUCCGCCACAAAACCCAUUUCACCAAUCCUCCUCCUCCGGCUCCUCCUUCAACAAUCCUCCUUCCCUUUCUUCCGCCGACCUCAACGCCGAUCUAAGCAUCCCCAACGAUGACGUAGCCCAUCUGGAAUGGCUCUCGGAAUUCGUGGACGGUUGCUUCCAUGACGAGUUCCCGACGAUAGGUGAGACGAUGAUGAUGACGAGUUCCUCUGUUCCGCAAUCCGACGCGUCGUUUACCAGCAAAGCUGAUCAUCAUGGCAAGCGUUCGAGAGCGGCCAGUGGGAAAUCGCGACCCAAAACAGAGCCAAACGGCCGAUCGUAUGCUGCGGCGGCUUCGGCGGCUGCAGAGAGAUCAGGUGUGCGUAGGUGCACCCACUGUGCAUCGGAGAAAACACCGCAAUGGCGAAGCGGACCACUGGGACCCAAGACGCUGUGCAACGCCUGUGGUGUGAGGUACAAGUCGGGUCGACUUGUACCCGAAUAUCGACCCGCAUCCAGUCCGACGUUCGUCCUGAGUCAGCACUCGAACUCGCACCGGAAGGUGCUUGAGCUCCGGAGGCAGAAGGAGAUGGGGUUGGUCAAGCAGGAAGCGCAACCAGAAUAAUCACUCCACCUGCGCUGCACGUGAUAGACUGGAU